GGAAUGAUUUGAUGUUUGUCCUACGUGUACUUCGCACGUGGCCGAAACUGCGGCGGUUGGAAGUUGAUACUGUCACUCACCGCAUGUAUGUUUGCUUCACGCAAUCUCUCGCUCUCCCCCCUCUCUCUCCUUCUCUCUCUUUGCCGUGGCUUUAAAGCUUGAACUAAGCUACAUGCCCUCGACCAUACUCAUACACCUCCUCUUCCCCCCAAAAAAUAAAAGACCAGAGCUGUCCUUUCUCAUGACCCACUACCAAAAGCUUCCAUUUUUCCUUAUAUUUAUCAAACUGAGUAACAGACAAAUCUAUCAUUCUUUCUCUAAUUAAAUACCCAUUGAUGCUUUCCUUCAUUUUCUCUAUUCUCUCUUGUUAUUUGCUCGACCCCACAAGGAAUCAGGCACGCAAAGAAGUUGAUAAAUUUGUUUUGGAAGAAUGAGUGGUGCUAGUAAUGGAGGUGGGCCUUGUGGUGCCUGCAAGUUCCUGCGGAGAAAGUGUCUUAAAGGGUGCAUUUUUGCACCUUACUUUGAUUCGGACCAGGGAACCGCUCACUUUGCAGCCGUGCACAGGGUGUUUGGUGCUAGCAAUGCAUCUAAGCUCCUCCUUCGCAUACCUGCACACAAGCGACUUGACGCAGUUGUUACUCUUUCUUACGAGGCCUUGGCUAGGGUUAGAGACCCUGUUUACGGCUGUGUCGGCCACCUCUUUACUCUCCAACAGCAGGUGGUGAACUUGCAGGCGGAGUUGGCGUACAUUCAGGCUCGCCUUUCGACGUUGCAGCGGCUGCCUCUGCAGCAAGAAGCACCGCCUCUACCUGUUCAAAGCUCCUCCCAAUCAAGCAGAGUAUCAAAUUCAGAAAUGGCAUCCAACUGGAACGUGUCAAUGCAUUUUGAUCAGCUACAACAAGUACCAUCAGAAUGGACAAGUCUCUGUAAUCCAUUGGAUCAAGAACUUGAAAAUGAUAAUCUCCAGGCAUUGGCUCGUGACUUCGUGCGCAGAUACUUGCCAGGAGUCAGAUUCAAGCCUCCAAGUUCUCAAUAGGAUGUCUUUCAUUUUCUGCCCAUUCUUGAACUGGGUUUCUUAUGUUGGUGCACCUUUUAUUUGAUUUCAAGAGUAGUCAAAUCGUACUCUUUCUCUC